CAUGAUUUUGGUAUCGCCUAAAACGGUAGCGUUGUGCAUUCCCCUACUUAUAUCUGUAAUCUGUACUAUGGUACUACGUUACAGAAUUAUGCAGAAGAUGAUGCUGCUUUUGCUGCUCGGUAGAUGCUGCCGCCUCAAGCGACGAGUUUUCAAACUACAUGGACGCUCCACGGGUAUAUCUAUAAUAAAACUACACAGCAUACUGUAACACGCAUAAAAUAUCUUUAAAUGAACGACAAACUUAUAUUGUAAAGUCAAAAAAUGGUCGUCUAAGAAUAUUAAUAAAAUUGUAUUACACAUUUUUUUUGGUUUACUGUUUUUCAACAAACGCACUGCUGCUGCCACAUCGCGGGAGUUUACAUUACUAUUUUGUUCACCUAGUAUCCGAACGGUAACGCCUCCGUUACAGUGACGCAAGUGCUUUGAGUGCAAACAAGUUCGAUCCAAACAGUAACACGUGAUUAAAUUCCACUGUAGAUAAUUCAAAGAUAAAUAAUUGAAAAAUUGCCAUUUGACAACAACAGUGCAUUCCCAGUGACGUCGACAAUGCAGCCGAUACAUCGAAAUCCCGUACACGAAUAUUUGGGGAAGCAAGAACGCGAAGUGACAGAACGUAUCAGUUCGACUAAAUCUGAAAUAGAAAAGAUUAAAGAAGUGACGCGAAAACUAGAACGCUCUUUGUUCUACCGAUCCGUCUACGGCAUAGAUCCUAAUCCUGACUCCGACGAUGACAUUUAUACGGCCGCCGGUUGCCCGGUUCAACUGCAAAGGCAACCGCAAAAGGAAAAAAGAGACAUCCUCACGGCGGUCGAGUGUUGGCAUCAAAUAAUCGACGACAAAUGGGUACUCGGCGUAGUCUUACGGAACGUGUCAAAAGAAACAUUGCACGACCUCGACUUCUUUGUCUGCUUAAAAAAUACAAGCCACGUUGCGGGAAUCUCAACGAUCUGGAAGCAAAAUUUGAGUGAAACUAUGAGAGAGGCGCGAGUUUGUUGGAUAAAAACAAAAAAUAUUGAACCGUACGAUUCUGUUUACGAUGACGAAACUGUGGCGACGUACGCGAUGGAGUUGCCAACGUUUGAAAAAGAAACGCGAGUCGAGGCAUUUGCCACUGUGUGUUAUAGAUUGAACGACGAGGAAUUGCAGCUGCCGAUUGUACCGAAUUUCAAAUUAUCUCUAGAAGUAGCGACUGGAAGUAACGAUUCAAAGUCGCAGCAGAAUUCCAAGUACGGUGUUCUUGCUAAAUUGGCCAUUUGUGAGAAAACUAUUGAAAUUCCAAACGCUGAUAUGAGCGAGAACCUUUGGUCAAUUCUGAAACAAAAUAAGUUUCAGGAUUGUGUACAACCAUUGUCUGAUAUACCACUCAGACUUCAAAUUGUAGCGAGAAGCAGCAAGCAAUUGGGCCUGAUUGAAAAAUUGCUGAGGAAAAAAAUUUCAGAAGACACUUUAUCGUCGCAAGAUCAAAUUCCUGUCAUUGCUGCUGAUCUUGCACUGAAAAACGAAUUGCUGACGUACCUCGAGGAUCGUCAGCCUGCAAGUUUACGAGCGGAAGUGGCAAGAGUCAGAUCGGACAUUCUGAUACCUUGAUUAGUAAUUUAAAACCUCAAAAGUACAAAAGUAAAAUAUGUACAAAAGUACAGGGUAAGAUUAAGAAAAAGUAAUUGUCCCACUAGGCAUUUUUCAAAUGAUUUAUUUUGUUAAACUAUAUAAAGCACAUUAUUCGUAAUAGUAGAUGUUGCGAGUGAACGAGUGAGCGAGCGAAUGAGCAAAAGAUCGACCGUCCGAGCAAUUCGGAUUGAUUGUGGUGCCUGAAUUAAUAAAAAAAAUUAG